GCUCACCCGCUCGUGAGAGGACCGACCGUCUACACAAGCACCGAACAGAUUCAGGGCUUUUACGGUGUCUGGCUCGUGCGGAGUUGUUGCAGAGUGGGAACUGGAGAAGUAUUCUGCAGUGUUUUAAAGAGCUGCCUAUAUCAAAUCUCGUCAGGUGACUGGCAGUGGGCACACCUGAAGAGAUGGACCAGAACAACAGCAUAACGCCCUUUCAGGGACUCGCAUCCCCUAAUGCCAUGACCCCAGUAAUGCCGAUGUUCAGUCCUAUGAUGCCCUAUGGUUCAGGGUUGACUCCGCAGCCGGUACAAAACACUAAUAGCUUGUCUAUUCUGGAGGAGCAACAGCGCCAGCAGCAGCAGCAGCAACAAGCACAACAGGCCAAUGCAGGUACAAUGUACAAAUCGUUGUUCAGAGAUUUGUUUUCAUGUGAACAAAACACAUUUUUUAUGGCUAAAACUCAUAUUUCAGGGCUGCCAGGAACAUCAGGUCAAACUCCUCAGUUAUUCCAUUCCCAAGCUGUUACUGGAACAACCACCACCGCACUGCCAGGAAACACUCCCCUCUACAACACCCCACUGACGCCCAUGACCCCAAUCACGCCAGCUACACCAGCUUCAGAGAGCUCUGGAAUAGUCCCACAGCUGCAAAAUAUUGUAUCUACUGUCAAUUUGGGCUGUAAACUGGAUUUGAAGACCAUUGCCCUUAGAGCCAGGAAUGCAGAAUACAACCCAAAGCGUUUCGCAGCUGUCAUUAUGAGAAUAAGAGAACCAAGGACUACAGCUCUCAUUUUCAGCUCUGGGAAGAUGGUCUGUACUGGUGCAAAGAGUGAAGAGCAGUCAAGAUUAGCUGCUCGUAAAUAUGCUCGAGUUGUUCAGAAACUUGGGUUUCCUGCAAAAUUUCUGGAUUUUAAAAUUCAGAACAUGGUGGGUAGUUGUGAUGUCAAAUUUCCCAUUCGACUUGAAGGAUUGGUCCUUACUCACCAACAGUUUAGCAGUUAUGAACCUGAGCUCUUCCCUGGACUAAUUUAUAGAAUGAUCAAACCCAGAAUUGUCCUGCUUAUUUUUGUUUCUGGGAAGGUCGUUCUGACGGGUGCAAAAGUGAGAGCAGAGAUUUACGAAGCGUUCGAGAAUAUUUAUCCAAUCCUCAAAGGCUUCCGGAAAACAACAUAGUACUUUUACCUGCCUUGCGUGCCCAGUGCCCUGCGUGGAUACUGAUUCGGGAGGUUUUAAUUUUAAGAGUCAACAGUAUGUUGACCUCUAUGGACUGUUGUUGGGCUACAAAGGACAUUUUAUCAUUUUAAAAGACCCAACCUCAGCCAUAAUUGUGUACAUAAUACUGUAAAGAAAAUGUAAAAUAUCAAUGGUUAGAGAAGGAGUCCUUCAUGGGCUGU